GUACUACAUUUUCUUCACAUGGUAGCUCAGUCUUCCAAACAAUUCACCGUGACUAGCUUACAGAGAACAGUCCUGGCUCCACUGGGUGAAAACCUUGAGCUGAGCUGUCAGUUGAUCCCACCACAACAAGCACAGCACAUGGAGAUCCGCUGGUUCCGGAAUCGCUAUACAGAGCCCGUGCACCUAUACAGGAAUGGUAAAGACCUGCAUGGAGAAACUGUCUCCAAGUAUGUGGAGCGGACAGAACUUCUGAAAAACGACAUUGGAAAGGGGAAAGUGACCCUCAGGAUCUUAAAAGUGACAGCCGAUGAUGACGGAUCUUACCACUGCUUCUUCAAAGAUGGCGAGGUCUAUGAAGAGCACAUCACAGAGGUCAAGGUCACAGCCACAGGCUCAGACAUACAGAUUCUUAUGCAUCCCCCUACUAUCAAAGGUGUGAUGUUGGAAUGUCAUUCAGGAGGCUGGUUCCCACAGCCUCGUAUGGAGUGGAGAGACAGCAGAGGAGAGGUCAUCCCAGCUACAUCAAAGUCCCAUUCACAGGGUGAAAACAAAUUGUUCAACAUGGAAAUGGCCCUUCUUAUUGAAACCGGUUCCUAUAGGAAUGUCACUUGCUACCUUCAAAACCUUCUAACUUACCAAGAAGAAAGCAUAAGUAUUGUCCUAUCAGGUGAACUGUUUUCAUGGAAAACCGUUUGGAUAAUGAUGCUGAGCACAAUAGUCCUCAUGCUGAUAGCCUUCUACCUGACGUACUGCGUUCAGCAGCAUCUCAUACAAGGUAGCUACUGCAUGAGAAUUUGUCAUUGCAUAAAGGGCCCAAUGGUAUUCAUGAUUUCCAUGUGUGCAAUUGUAGGAGUCAUGCUCCUUUUGCAUCUAAAGCAAAGAGUCCCAGCUUCAGAUCCGCAUUUUGAAUUGGAUGCUCUGUGGUUGGAAGAUAUUAGUGUGAUCCUGUGUGUGCUGAUAGUGUUCAUCCUCAAGCUCAUUUCCUUCAUUUACUUCAGGUUGGAAGGUAACUAUGAUGGGAAUAGCAGCAACUCAGAAGAUCUGUUUCAGAAAUUGAACAAAGUCCUAACUGGCUUCUACUUCGAUGCAUCCAACCAGAAAAGUAUCCCAGAGACCACCAGACAAAUGAAGCAUCUGAAAGUAGAUAUAAAAACUCAUCUAGGGGAGAUGUUUCAAGAAGAGGAAGCCUAUAACAUGGGAAGACAUCAAGACUUCCAAGACCUUGGAGAAACAAUGAGGACAAAAUAA